AUAAGGCAUCUAUUAUCUUUAAUAAUACGAUCUAUGGUCAUGAUCCGUUCGUUUUAUCUCCUCGCUUCCGGGUUUGGCGUGUCGCUUGACACGUCAUUGCGUUGUGCUCAGUGUACUAUGGCGCUUCCUGACUUGAUGAUUACGUUGUUUGCUGCCGCAUCCUUCUUCUGUUUCUUAUGUUUAUGUGUUCGCUACAGACGUUCAGCUCAGUUGUUUUGGGGGAAAUUGUUGAGCAGGACAAUGGCUCGCACGGAGAAGCCAUUGUUCCGAAUCGCGUACACACUCUACACCAGGACCACACUUGGCUACAUGUACUACAAGAGGCAAAUGAGAAAAGCUCGGGAACAUUACCCAGCUGGACAUUCUACAGCCCAGCCCAUGGAGUUCAAUGGUGUCAAAAUAAUCCCCAUUUCAGUACUGUCUGACAACUACAGCUAUCUUGUAAUUGACACAGCCUCCAGUGUAGCAGUUGUUGUAGACCCUGCAGACCCUCAAACAGUUCAGGCAGUCCUUAAGGAAGAGGGAGUGAUGUUAGAAGCAAUACUAUGUACACACAAGCACUGGGAUCACAGUGGGGGAAACAAAGGGUUGAAGAGGCUUCACAGCGCGUGCCGGGUUUACGGAAGCGCAGCUGAUAACAUUCCUGGUCUCACGCACCCCCUCUCACACAUGGACUCUGUAACGGUUGGCCGUAUGCAGUUCAAGGCCCUCUUCACUCCUGGACACACAGUGGGCCACAUGAUCUACCUCCUGGAUGGUCGAGCAGUCAGUGCCCCCUCCAGCCUCUUCUCUGGUGACCUGGUGUUUCUGUCAGGAUGUGGGAGAAUGUUUGAAGGCAGUGCAACAACAAUGCUGUCAUCUCUGGACACCGUCAGUUCCUUAAGUGAUGACACUUUGUUAUGGCCUGGUCAUGAGUAUGCAGAAGACAACCUACUGUUUGCCGCUGAAGUUGAGCCAUGCAAUGCUGCCAGGGAAAACAAAUAUCAGUGGGUGCUGCAGCAGCGAGGACAGAAGCUGUGCACAAGUCCCUCUACUAUCGGAGAAGAGAAGCAGUACAAUCCUUUCCUGCGUAACCACUCUGCAGAGCUCCACCUGGCCCUGGGCCUCCAGCAGUUCCAAGACGAAGAUGUCAGCCAGUUUAGGGCUCGGGUACUGGAGGAGUUGCGAAAACGCAAAGACCACUACAACAGGAGGUAGUAUUAGCAAGAAGUCCACAAAACACUGGGGAGUGGAGGAGGGAGCCCACCCGUACUGGACAGCUGUGUGAGAAUAGCAAUCUGCAGUUGUAAAAGUAAACAAACAGAGCUCUGAGGUUUUAAAUGUACAAAACCUCUUAAGGUUUUGUACAUUUAAAGGGGCAUUAAGUAUUUUUUUUUAACCUUUACCAGCCUGUAUCAGUGACCACUAGGGACAUAGUCACAACUUCAUUAUUACAUAAUCCUUAUACUAAGAAUCCUGUUACCUUUCCACAUACUGAAUGUUAUGGUAAUUUUAUGUUUGGUCAGAUCACUUACUGUUUCUUUAGCAUAGAGGCAUAAACAGUAAAUGUAGAUUUGCACGAUUUCCCAUUCUGGUUUGUGAAACACGGGGACAGAACAGGACCCAACACUACAUGCAUUAUCUAACAUGUUAGUUACUUAUUUGACAAGUAAUAGAUUAUUUUUUAAAGCCUUUCAUGAAAAUCUUUGGUACGCUGGUUUCAUAUUUACACAUAUUUAAAGGGUGAUCCUUCUCCAUGGAGGAUGUGACUUUUGCACUUAGAGUAUUUUGAUCACCACUUUUCAGAACUGUUACAACGAUAAUGGUACCAUUGAUUUCACACAUAUAUUCCUACCUGUUGGUAUUUUAUGUGAAAAUCAGCACAAAAUAUGGGGAAAAACCUUUAUAUCCUAUAUGUGAAUGCAUGUGAGCCAAUUUUGUUUAGACUUACAAAAGCAUGUUACUAGCAUCAACUAUUCAUGGUACUAGCCCUGUUAUAGGGAAUAAAUGAUGCACGUGAAACAAUAAGACUUCAUCUGCUAGUGGGCUAAAUGUGAAAUGUAUUUUCUAGUGAAAAUGUAUUUGUGCCUCUCAGUAAAUGAUUUUUGCAAAUUUAAAACGGUAUUUUUCAAGGGAUAGCAGUGGUACAUCGUCAAUGACAACAUACAGUCAUGGCCAAAAAUAUUGGUACCCCUGCCUUUCUGUCAGAUAAUGCACCACUUGAUUUGAUUUGAUUUGCAGUGGUGCCAUUAUGUUUGGCCAUGACUGUUUUUCAGGAAUUUGAGUGGUAUUGCAUUGUAAUGUAUGAGACAUGACUUCUUUGACAUACACUAUGUUUUGCAAUAAGUUUGGAUUGUUUAAAAUGUCAUAUUUGAAAUUGUGAUGGAAUUGCAAGAUAUUUCCUUUUUCUAAUAUGACAAUGCAGUUGACUGUCACUCAGAAGGUUGCUGAUGCUGUUUUUAUAAUCUGAAAACUUUGAAAACCAAAGUGUAUGUUAUUUUUUAAUAUAUUGAAUUUAUUAUACUGUAAGGAAAAUAAUUUCAGUGUGAUAAACCUGGUCUUCUUCACAUGCA